AUGCAUUUGGCGGAACUCGGCGACGAGAACAAGAUGGAAGUUCACGCGCCCCCACUGAUGCACCACAAUCCGUACGAUGUCGUCAAGGUUGAGCCGGGCACACCGCCAAAGUCGAUGGCGAAGAACACAUGUGAGUGGGCGCCUUUUUAUAAUGUGCUUCCUUCCUUCCGGCUCGCGCACUUUCUCAUCAAGCUCCAAUAGUCUGUUCAGAGUUUCAACAUCCGAAAUUCUGAUUACCUGGAAAAUUUUGCGAUUUAAAUCUUUUUCGAGCUUGACGUCUGCUUAAAUUUAUAAUUCUUAUUCGACGAUUGGAGUAGGGCAAAAUGAAAACGUUCAUAGACCUCCUUGAACAGGUUAUCAAGUUGUUAAUUUUUAAAUGAAAAACCUGACUUUUUUUGAUAUUUGCUAAAUUUUAAGGGGUAACAAUUUAAAUUUUAGUAGAUGAACUUUUUUUCGGUAUUACAAAGACAUUUUUCAUUCUGGAAAAAAAUGGAAUCAAUAAGGGACGAUAUUUUUUUGAAAAAAAUUAAAUUCUUCAUAGUUUUUAAAUAAAAUAUUUGUCCCGAAAAGCCGUUAUUUGCUAUUAUUUUCGAAGAAUUUUCUUGGAAAAUUGAAAUUCGUAUGAGCUUCAAAGCCUAUUUAUGAAGGGCUUCCUCGGGGAAACUUUUUUCUGAUCGGCUGCUUUUUUCUAUUUGGCUUAUUCAGUUUUGAGAAUCGUUUCUGAAAGAACAGGUUAGUGUCGAAUGGUUUUGCAACAUCAGAUGGAAACAGGAGUCAUAAAAAGUUUCACCUCUGUUAUCGAAAAUAAUCUUUAGUUUUCUUUUCAAAGUUCUCUUUCGAUUUUCAGUACAUUUUAGUAUGAGCUUUGACAAGGUCAACUCCAGAAGCCUGUUCGUCAAUCAAUUUAGUUGAGCUUUCUCGCGAGAGCCGAGCAAGUCGUGGACGACGUUAGGCGAUGAAUCGCCGACGGAACGACGGGGGCGCGACAACUGUUGAUAUGCGAGUAAAGAACGUCGUUGAGUUAUGAGGGUCCUGAAAUCCUCCGACGUUUCCGCACGUCCAAUUUCUUCUUGGCAUGUCAAUUGCGCUUCAAAAAUGCUUAAACAGAGAGAAAUAACAUGAUGAAGGACAAGAAGCACUGAAAAAUAUACUGAACGAAAAAUCCCUCCUCUCUUUUUUCCGGUAGUUUUCUGGGACUAGGCGGGGAUUAUUCCAGUUUCAUAAGAAGACGACCCGGAAAAAUGAAGUUUAAAAUCUUCUUCCACUGUUUUUUUUUGUUUUUCAAGUCUACAUUAACAACUGAACAGAGCUCAUUCACACUGACUUUGAUUCAAUUGGAGAAGAAUCACGAUAAAAAAAUUAUGAUUUCAUGGAACCAAAAAUGAAUCGAACAGAAACUAUUUCACGUUUAGAUCUCGAAGUCCUCCAUCAAGGAAGUAGAAAAGCAUUUUUCAGAUAUCGACUCCCCGUCGGACAUGCUGUUCAACGUCUCGAACUUCAGCUUGCAGCAGAAUUUCUGUUCAGCACCCAUCCCCAACGGGAACGACCAGUUGAAUAACAACAACCUCAACAACAACAAUAAUCACUCCAAGAUGAACUCCAAUGGUUCGAUAUCCUUUUAGGCUUCAAAAAUUUGGUUUUUUUUUUCAGGUCGAGCGCUCGCCGCUGAUAGAAAACGACCGUAUCCUUGCAAUUUGUGUCCUUCAAGAUUUGGAUCAAAAAUGGAGCUAGAAGAGCAUCAAAAUUCUCACACUGGAAUGAAGCCUUUCGAAUGUGACGUACGGAUUUCAAAUUUGACUUGAAAAAAUGUUUAUUUUUAGGUUUGCAAGGCUCGUUUCAAUAGAAGAUCGACCCUGUGGAAUCACAAGCGAAUACAUUCUGACGCAAAGCCGUUCGUUUGUACCGUCUGCCAGAUGACGUUCAAAUGGAAAAAAAACAGCUUGAAGGUACAUUUUAUUUCCUUCUAUUACUGAUUUUUUUAAAAUAACACUUACAUUCAGAAGCUCAAUUAACAUUUAUGUGAGUUGAAAGUGUUGUUUUGUGAUCUGUCCUGUAAUUUUUUUUUUGUUGUUUUUACCUUUUUAGAAAUAAAUAAAAAAAACCAACGUUUUUCAGUGCCACAAAGAUAUGCAUCAACGAAAAAACGAAACGUCGGCUCACCUAGACAAUGACUUGAGACAGUUAACUUAUGCGACAGCGGCGAAACGAAAAUUGGUGAGUUUUAAAAUUCUCAAUUUUUUGUUAGCAUCGAGACUGUUCAGCAAGAAGAAAAUGGUGGUGUGCCAGCUACAUCCGCGGCAUCUUCGAUCCACUCACAGCCUCUGAUAACGACUACCACGCCUAAAAAGAAAAGCUCAAAAGCUUAUAAGGUAUCCAGGCGCUCUCGGAAAACAUAAAUUUUUCAUUGAAGCCUCCGGUUUCGUCGCAAGGCUCAGUUUCAAGCGUUCAUCUGAAUUCUGUCCCUCCACUUCAAGCGGUAAAAUAUUUUAAACGUAUAUUUUUCACCUCUACGUUUUUCAGAGCGCUUUGAUACCUCCUUCAGAUCAUCAAUUAGAUCUCGACACUUCUUCCCUGGAUACUUUGAUGAACAACAAUUCGCAUCUUCUGAUGCAAAUCUAUGGGUAACUGAGAAAGAGGAAAAAAGUUUUAUUCUCUAUUUUGCAGGGACAUGGACAACUCCCUUGGAAAUCGGCAUCUUGGAGGUAUCGAAGAUUCGAGUAUGCUCGGAAACCAAAUCAUCUCUGAAGUCAAGCCUGAUAUCGGGGUAUAUUUUCCAUCAAUCGAAACUUUACCCCCACCUUCGUUGCAGAAUGGAAUGGGCGGGGCAACAGUUCCGUUGAACAUGCACCUUCCAAUGCAGAUCAACAUGCUCAACUUCCGGCCGAUCAAUCCGCAGCAGCUGGUGAGUUUUUGCGCCCACACGGAACGUCUUUUCCGAACUCAUGCAUUUUCACCGACGAAUCAACAACUUGCAGCCUUCUGUGCAUCAUCUGACGUCAACAUCCCUGCCCUCGGUUUCUUCCAAUAUGGACUACAACCUUCACACUGACGCUUCGGGAAACCUCGCCCAUCCCCAGUACAUUGUGACGUCACAGCCUGAAAUGAUGCUCUCUCAGCAAUCUCUAGGCUACCAACAACCGGUAGGAUAAUUUAUUCGAAUUUGAAAUUUGUGUCAAAAGUAUUCGUACCACGAAAUCUCAGUUCUGCUGCGUCGAAACUCAAAAAAAAAAUAUAUAUAAGUCGUUAGUUUGCUGGCAUAAACCAAGUUUUAUGCACUAAGAAUCAUGCUUGCGGAUCUUUCAUGACUUUCACUUGGAAUAAUAAACUUCCAAAGUUUUUCAUCUUGGUCAACGCAUCCGAAGUUCCCAAGAGAGCAAAUGCAAGCUGGUUGGAGAAAUUCUCGAAGCUUGGUAACGAAUAUUUUAGAAAAAAGUCAGAUUAGUCAAAUUUGCUUCGACUGUUUGUUGCUCAUAAUUAUCAACAGCCGAGCAACAUAUUUAUAGAAAAAUGUGUCUUGAUCGCGACAAUGUGUGUCCAAUUCCUAAAACAGCAAAUUAUUUUUUUAAUCUUCGAAAAACUUCGACAAAGACAUCUUAAUGACAUUCUCUGGGAAUUAGGGAAAAACAGUGGAACUGAGCGAACAAAUAACACGUUUUUUAGAUUGACCAAUGCGUUAUAUUGGCGACUGGUCAAGAAUACGUCCCUAAUUUCGACUACAACAUGCUGAACUCCCAAUAUCAGAUGGGCGGUCAAGAACAACAAGAACAUCAGCAAAGACAACAGCAGCAGCAACAGCAGCAGCAGCAACAACAGCAAAGACAACAGGAGAUGAUUGACGAAAAGGUUUUGCCAUACGAACAAUGGUGAAUUUUUUUUAAAUUCUGAAUGUUUUAAACAUUCUUCCGUAAAUCCUUCUGCUCAAACAAAUCUUCUUGUCAUUUUUGAAAACUUAUUUUUGAACUCAUUCUCUUAAUACGCUAGGACUUCCUUAAUCACUGAUCCCGUUGUCGACACAGUAUUCCAACACGUUUGUAAAACGUUAGAAUAUUUUUUCCCACAAAAUCGACUUUUUUUCAUGAGUCUUCAUUUUUUAUCUGUGUCAUUUUUUAAACUGAUCCCUUCCGCUAACGCUUCAAGCGUCAUUGUUUUUCCGCAGACAAGGCUUAUUUUUGCACAAUCAUAAAUAUAACAUGUAGCAUAUUGUAUCAUAUCAGAAAAACGAAAUUAAGUGCUCAACCUAACUUAUACCACCGAGUGUUCUCUCGAUGGGACCGCGCUCUGCGGAUUUUCGUCUGGAGGUCUCCUAGUCUGUUCCCGACUCUUUCGAGUUUUCUCAACCUUCAAACGUCUUUUACUCUCAGAGCACGCAGUGAUCUCUGCAUAUACCGUUCAUCUUCUCUCAUUUGUUCCCUUUAUUGUGCCACACACUAUCCAUUUGCCUUUCAUGCGACUUUGUGCCUUCUCUCAGUUUAGUCACCGUUACAGCCUUUACGUGCCCUUCGACUUUCAAAAAAAAACGGUGCUUUUAUUCCUUUUUGAUGUUCUGAACAUCCUUAACUUUAGAAAAUUGUUGUUUUUUCUCACAAAUAAUUGGUAUUUGUAUAUGGAAGACCCUUGUGUGUAUUUCUUUUUCAGUGUGUCUUGUUCCAUUUUUUGCGUGCUGUGCCAAAACUCUGUCCCUAACUUCGCCAUUGCCAUUUUAUUUCGUUUGUAAUAAAUUAAUUCUUUUUAUUGAAGUAUAAUAAAUAUUACUAUUCUAAGUUUUCUUGUAGGGAACCCUGUGGAAAGUAAAAAUAAAAUGGUUGAAAUUGAAGGUUUCACAUGUUGAUAAUUCAGGAGCGCCAAAUCUCUAGUUUACUUGUGCCUUUUUUCAACGCUGAAAAAAUUUUGAAACAAACGGAGAUCUUCCAAAAACAUUUCUUGGACUUUCUGAAGACAAAAAAACACCUUUUUUCUGAAGUUCGAAAAGUAGCCAAAGAAGUACAUUCAUUGGAAAUGAGAAAGAAUAUAAUAUGUAAUUUUUUUUUGUGCGCGGAUAAAAUAUCAUGUAAACUUUCAAAAGACAUACUAACUGGGAUAUGAUCUUGUGGUAAAAGGUUAUGGUUCAAAAAUGCGCAUUUGAAAAACAAGGAACUUUCCUCAGCAUGGUUUUGGCUUCUCUUUGAAAAAUUAAGGCAAGCGUUGGUUUUCUGAGGUGUCCCUCCAGUGAUUAGUUGCCGUCAUCCAGCGCGCUUCGUUGUCAUGACAACAUUCGCGAGAAACAAGGACGUAGUUCUAUUUUUCGGGAAAGCCAUUUGUGUUCUUGAUGAAGCUUCGGUUCCUUUCAAAUAUCUUGACUCAACAGGUUUGAUCGUCCCAUCAACUAAUUCAUUCAUUUUUUUCAGUAAUUUUUUUCAAAUGGAAACUAAAAAAAAUUAAGAAAUUGAAGGCCUAAAACUUGAAAUUAUUCAUCCUUUUUUUAACUUUUUUUCAAAAAUUUUUUUGAAUUCCCAAACAUUGAUAAAGGUUUUUUUAUGUAGAUAUUAUAGAUAAAAUGAAAUUUCCUCUUAGUUGUUUCAAAGUUUUUCAAGAACUUAUUAUAUCAUAAAAAAUUUUCGGUGGCUUCAAAGUAGCACAUAUCAAAAAGUUAAGGGAAAACGUUAUUUCUUAAGUUUUCAAUAAGUUAUAAUCUCCCUCCAGAACCUUGAAAAAACAGAUUUUUUUUGAGGAAGGAGCUUCCAAAAUCGCCUGUAUUGCUUGUUCUUCAAAUGGAAACCGUACUGCAAUCGCGUGUGCCAAUCAAACUAUUGAGCUUCUCGACGAGCAUGGGAAUCAAAAAGACCGUUUUGCCACCAAACCAAUUGACACCAAGGUUUUGUUUUUCUUUCAACCAAAAAUUACAAUUGUUUUGAGUUUGGCAAAAAGUCGUACUCUAUCCUCAGCGUGGUUUUUUCUCCUGAUUCUUCAAAGAUCGCCGUGGCCCAAAGCGACAAUGUUGUUUUCAUCUACAAAAUCGGCUUCACAUGGUGUAUCAGCAAUAUCUAAAAUAAAUUGUCGUUUGGACAGGAACGAAAAGAAAGUGAUCGUCAAUAAACUGCCUCAGUCGUCCACUGUGACUGCGCUCAGCUGGCCUUUCGAUGACAAAUUGCUCAUUGGAUUGCUAGAUGGAAAAGUGUGUUUGGAAUCUUAAAGGGCCGAAAAUUCUCAAAAACAAAUUUCUCAAAUUAAGGUUCGCAUUGGUCUGAUCAAGACGAACAAAUGCAGCUCUUUGUACAAAACAGACCAGGCAGUUGUUUCCAUGGAAACUAAGUAACCUUUCUUUGAAAUCAAACAAGAUCUUCUUAAUUUUAGUCCCAAGAAAACGGCUUUUGUGACAGCUCAUCAGGACGGAUCGAUAAUAUUGUAUAAUUUCAGCAGUAAAUCCCAGGUUUCUUCGAAUUAUUCAUUCUUACAAAGACCAGAUUUAAGUCGAGAAUCUGCACUCUCCAAAUACCACCGUACUGCAUGGUUUUUACGAAUUAUGGUCUUGUGGUAGCUGGCUCAGAUCGCAGAAUUUUUUCUUACACUGGUGAGCAAUCACUUUGAUAUAAAGAUUAGAGACCAAAUUCAGAAAAUGGGGUUGUACAGCAGCAAUUUGACUACUCGGAUCAAGAUGAAAAAGAGUUUUCGGCAAUCGCAUGCGAUCCCACGGCUCAAAACGUUGUUGUUGCAAGUUUUGACAGGUUUUUUUUUCUGUAUUUUACGGUGGUCCAAAUAAUUUCCUAAUUUUUUCCUUGCUGAACAAAUUUAAAUGAAGCCAACCCAAUGAAAUUUGAGAAUUCGUCUUUUUUCGUGGUCAACUAGACGCGGGGCUUGGGACGAAGGCGCACCACUCGAAAUCAAAAACGCCUACGCAAUAACUUCUUUAGGGUGGAAAGGAGAUGGCUCUGUCAUUUACGCGGUUAACGAUUCUUUAUUUUCUUUUCAAAAAAUAUUUCAAGGGAACUCUUUGCGGAGGAGUAUUUUCUGUAGAUUGCUGUCUGCGAAGAGGAAUGCUGAAAAGUCGAUUCGAAACAACUUACGUGGCUCCUUCUCAUGUUAUUGUGCGUGACGUCACAACUGAAGCCAAAACAAGCGUGAUAUCCAACAAGGGCUUGGCCAUAGACGAGCUGAAAGUAUCCACAGCCCCUGCAUUUGAAAUCGAUGAUCAAGUUCUAGAUAAUGGGUAGAGAUCGGUUCGUGGUCGGAUACACCUCGUCGAGUCUUGUCCUGGCCGACACGGAGCUUCAGAAAUGUUCCGAAAUCGAGUGGCAGUCUGGAGGGCAUGAAAAGUUUGAAUAACAAAUAAUUUCAUCUAUUUAUCGUUGGGUCCAGGUUUUAUUUUGAUUUUCCGAAUGUUUGUCUCAUCAUCAACGCUGGAGAAAUAACCGUGAUCGAAUAUGGGAUCGACGGCGCUCUAGGCUGGGUGAGAACAGAACUGACCAGCCCGCAUUUACUCAGGUAAACUUCUUCAAGGAACCUUCCCGAAUAAAUUUUAGUGUUCGCAUCGCCGAUUCAGUUUUGGAAGACAGCAGAAAAGCGAAAAAACUGGCUUAUCUCGUGGAUCCCAACACGAUUUCUAUUCGUGAGUCGAAUUUUCAUUUUUUUCAGCAACUGUUUUACAGUGAAUUUGAACAGCUCGCAACAAACUUCCUUCAUAACGCAUUCCAGUGCAAUCGAUUGGAUUGAGGUCAGCUGAAAAUUUUGGAUAAAGUGAAGAAAGAAUAACUUGAAGUUGAACGAAGCUGCGACAAAACUUCUUUUCCGCGACAAAAGGUCAAAAGUGAGCUUGUUUGACAUUGCUACAGAUCGCCAAAGCGUGCUUCUCUCAUUUUGCACCUACGUCCAAUGGGUGCCAAUGAGUGACGUCAUUGUCGCUCAAAGUGGUGACGUACUUUCGAUAUGGUAACAAAAAUCUUUUAUGAAAUCGUAAGAGAAAGUUCAGGUAUAAUCCUGAUUUACCUGAACAAGUCUCCAACAUCAAAAUAAAAGGGGAAGUGGAAGCUGUGCUGAGAGAUGUCGAUCGAACUGAAGUUAUCGUUCAAGUUAGUCAUAAUUUGAACUUUGAAGGGAUUUAUUUGUUCAGGAACCGAAUGCAAAAGUUGCCUAUGAGCUGGACGGUACACAGAUCGAGUUUGGAGCUGCUUUGGAAAAACGAGAUUUUGAAAGAGCAAUGAUGUUUUUGGAAAAUAACCCAAGCGGACCUGACUCGUGAGAAUCUGUUCAUAUUUUGUUUAAAAACAUUUUGAAGGUACACAAUGUGGUCUCGAGUCGCUGAACUUGCGCUGGAAAAUCAGAAAUUGUUUGUCGCCCAAAGAUGUUAUGCCGCUUUGAACGAUGUGGCUCGAGCUGUGGCUUUGCAUGUUCGAGCUCACUUUUGAACGAAAAUUUUUUUUAUAAUUCAGAAAACGAUUGAAAUCGCGGAAGAAGCUGCUGCUCGGAUUGGGGGAGAUGGAACUCAUUACUACAAAGUUCGCGCGAAUCUCGCAAGAAUGGGGCGCAAGUUCAAAGAAGCUGAGAAAAUUUACAUUGAACAGGUAAAAAUCAAUGAUAUUAUCUUUUCCAAUGAAACUUUCAGAACGAUGUGGAUUCUGCAAUCGACAUGUACACAAAUUUGCAGAAAUGGGACGAAGCCUUGGAAUUAGCCAAAGCUACGGUAUUUUCAAUGUUCUUACAAUCAACACGUUGAUUCAGAGUUACUCUGGAUAUGACCAACUUCGUACGAGUUAUCUGCGGGCGUUGAACGAUACCGGUCAGGACUCAAAAGCUGCUGACGUGAUUCUUCUUCGGAAUGUUUGACUUGAAAGAACUGAAAAAUUUUCAGUUGAAAGUAUCAGAAGGAGAUUCAACGGCAGCCGUUCAAUUGUACUUGAAAGCGAACAAACCUAUUGCUGCUCUGAACACUUGUAUGGAAGACCCAACCCUAGCAAAAGACGACGCUCUGUUGCGUACUAUUGCUACUGCCCUGCUUAAAAAUCAAAUUUAUGAUAGGGUUGAGAAAAGGUUCCAGAAAGCAAUUUUCUUCUAUUCCUCUUAGGCUGGAGAAGUUUUCGAAAAGCUUAAAGACUUUGAAGAUGCACUCGAUUGCUACCAGAAAGGCUACGCGUUCGCCAAAGCCGUGCAAGUAUACUGUAACGCCAGACUCCACGAUCUUUAUGAUUUACAGCUCGCUCGAUUCGCAUUUCCCGAAAAAGUGGUGGAGCUAGAGGAGAAGUGGGGCGACCACCUGACGUCUGUUGGCCAGUUCGAUGCGGCAAUAAACCAUUUUCUUGGUUUGUGAUCAGAAUUUAAUUUUCUGAAAUAUUGAAGAGUUGCAGAAGCUAACAAGUCGCAAAAAGCUGUGGAGUCCGCUAUUAAAAGCUAAGGAAUGGAGUAAAGCUGUUCAGGUAAGAAACAUUUCAAAUGGAUAAAAAAAUAUUUCCAAAAAAAGUUAGGAUCUCCGAAAAAAAUUCCAAAAAGAUUUUUUUUACACAUAGAAGAACUUCUCCUAUUCACUUGAAAGAUAAUCGUUAUUCUUCAGAUCGUGGAUGUGAUUCAAGAAGAAGAGCUCAGCAAAAAGUACUAUGGCAAGAUAGCUGAUCACUACGCCAGUGUUGGAGAAUUCGAUGUUAGAUUUAUUUUAUAGCUUCUGUAAUUCUUGAAAAUUCAGAGGGCCGAAAGACUGUUCAUUGAAGCGGACCUUCAUAAACUAGCCAUUGCAAUGUACAUCAAAAACGGAAGAUGGGCGGACGCUUACAGGGUUCAAAUGAUUUUUCUCUCCCAAUCAGUUUGUUUUUUCAUAGCUGUCUGAAGAGUUUCUUGGUAAAGAAGAAACUUUGGCACUUUAUGCUCAAAAAGCGCAAGAACUCGAGGAUGUUGGAAGGUUUGCAGAAGCGGAACAGGUGAUAAAUUUUCUCCGAGGGGGGAAAUUUUCAAAAGUUACAGCUGUACAUUUCGAUUGGAGAAUCAGCAAAGGCCAUUCAAAUGUAUCGAAAAGCCAAUCGCGAUGAAGAUGUUCUCAGAUUAGUGGAAAAGUAUCAUGGUGAUCGUUUGCAGGUGAGCUUCACAUUUCUCAAAGUUGAAAAAGAUCACCUUCAAAUGGUUUUUGGCUAUAGUGUGAAGGUUUCUGACUUUUGUGUCAGCACACUCGAAAAAGGCUUUUUUUAUUCAAAAUCAAAGAUCUCUUAGUUAAGUUUCUAAAAAAAAUGUAUCAAUUAAAUCGACCACUGAACAGAAACUUCUCUUCAGGAAACUCAUAAACGACUGGCUCUCGACUACGAGGAGCGUGGAGACAUGAGGGCUGCCGAAGAAGAAUAUUUGAAAGCGGGAGACUGGAAGGUUUAUCAAGUUAUGGAAAAAACUAAUUACAAUUGAAAACAGGCGGCUGUCAAUAUGUACGCGGAAAAUGAGAUGUGGAGCGACGCACAUCGAAUUGCUAAGUCUGAAGGAGGAGAUGCCGCCCAGAAACAGGUCUUAGGGAAAAUUUAAGGUUUUUCAUUUUCAAUUUAAGAUUUGUUUCCUUUGGGCGAAAAGCCUUGGUGGAGAUGCUGCUGUGAAGCUUCUGAACAAGUUUGCAAUGUUGUCAGAAGCAAUCGAUUACGCUUGCGAGAGCGGGUAAAAUCUAAACUGAACUUGCUUCCCAAUAACUGAAUUUCAGCGCUUACGACUUUGCUUUCGAUUUGACAAGGAUCGGAGCAAAAGAGCGUCUUCCAGAAGUAGAAUUAAUCAGUUUGAUCUGAUAUCGGAUGCGAUUUAUAGGUACACGCCCGUAUGGGUGUGCAACUAGAAGAGGAUGGAAGACUCGAAGACGCGGCCAAACAUUAUAUUUCUGCUGGAAAAGCUGAAGAAGCUGUGGCUAUGUUUAUUCAUGACAAAGACUGGGCUGCGGCCGAAAAGAUAGCAAGGUGCGAACUAUUGCAACGAGUUUAAGCUUUUUAUUUGGUUUUUUCAGCGAACACGCACCAAACUCCUUGCCAGAUGUCUAUACAGGCGAAGCUCGGAAAGCAUUGGAAGAAGGAGAUCAUGCACGGGCGGAAAGCUUUCUUUUGAGGGCUAACAAACCGGACGUCAUUUUAAAGUUUGAUUAAUGGGUAGCUCCUACCUACGAUUUUUUCAGAUACUUCAAAGAAAACAAUAUGUGGCCUGAUGCAUUAAGAAUUGCACGGGAAUAUUUGCCGCAUCAGUUAUCGUUGCUUCAGGUUAUCCAAAAAGAGAACUCACCGAUCCAAAAGUUGUUUAGGAAGAGUUCGAAAAAUCGGAGCUUCGCAGUGGGGCUCGAGGCGUCGAAUCUUAUCUUGCUCAAGCAAAAGAAUGGGAAUCACAAGCUGACUGGGGUAGAGCCGUAAUUGCCCUCCUGAAAGUUUGACCCUUUUCAAAGAAAAACUGAGAAUUUCUGACAGAUCAACUCAUCAACAACCGAAGAUGAGGACAUCAUAGUUCAAAGCGUAUCGAAAGCUGCGGAUAUUGUCAUCAAGUUUCUUCUGGGAAAUGAAGAAGUAUUUUUUUUAAAUUCUUUCACACAAAAUUUUUAACUUCAGAUGGUUCAAGCCGUUUUGGAGGCUCUCCAAGAUGCGGAUUGUCAUGAAAAGGCUGGAGAACUUCUUUUGCAUUUGGGACAAACUCGACAGGCCAUUCAAGCUCUGUGUGAAGCAAGACAAUGGGGCAAAGCUAAACAAGUAUUAAUUUUAUAAUUUGAAAAAACCAACAAAAAAAAAUGCACUUUCAGAUUGCAGCGGAGUAUCUCCCUGAGAUUAUUCCCGAAAUCGAAAGACAGUAUAAAGAGUCGCUGAAGGUUAGAUUCUCUACUUUCCUGAAGAAACAAUAAAAAAAACUGCAGAAUGAAGGACGGCUUGGAGAGCUGAUCGACGUGGAUGUUAUCACUGCGAUUGACCUCUUGAUAGAACGUGAUCAAUGGGACAAAGCUCUUGAAACAGCCAAACAGCAAAAUGUUCAUGUUGAAAUACUCUUAGAUAUCAAAACUUCACUUUCAGCAUCGGCCACUUUUGGACAAAUAUGUUGCCCAAUAUGCGGCCUUUUUGCUGCAAAGAAACGAAUUUUCCCGGAUUCUUGGCAUAUUUGAAAAAUAUGGCGCCUCUGGUAACUCUGCCAACUUUUCCAUCUACAAGAAAAUUUUGGACGAGGUUGGAGGUGAAACGGAUGAAACUGAAAUAUUUUUCAGACCAUUGCACAACCAAAAGUCGAUUACAAAGAAGUUUCGAAAGUUCGCGACAUGUUCCUAGAAAUAUACAGAUCAUUAAAAGCUUCACAAUCUGAGCAUGAAGAAGUGGGUUACGAAUGAAAGAAAUCAAACAUUUCGUUACAGCUGUUCCUGCGGUAUCUGUGGGCAGUACACUUAUUCACAAUGCGGACAGCUCUUGAAGUAACCUAUUUUUUGUUUCAAAUAAAAAGUUUUCUUACAGCCUCAUGCUCACCUCCCAGAAGUUCCUCGUCUAAGAUUGCGUCAAGCCAUUUCUCUUCUUCGUUAUUCGGAUCUUCUCCCUGCUGACAGACUCUUCUAUGAAGCUGGCGUCGCAGCAAAAGUUGAAUCUUACGAAAUAAUAUUAUAUAAUAAAAAAAGUUCAGGAGUUUGGCGGUCCUUAUGAGAACCUUGGUUUUCUCUUGCUCAAUCAUUAUUUAGAUUUGGUGGACGCCAUUGAAGAAGGUAAGGACUUUACAGACUGCAAAAGAAACUGUUCAAAUUCAAGGAAACGGAGAAUUAGUCGACUAUUCUGUACUAGAAGAAACGGAUAUUCCAACGGAAGUUCCACUUCCCACUCGUCAAUGGCUUCAGGUAGGAAAUUACAAACAAGAAACGUAGAAAAAACAACAGAAAUUAUUGAUAUUCAAUAAAUAGUCCGUUUACCAUCACUUUCAAAGCUUGUUAACAGUAAAUUACUUAACACCUAAAUUCAUUUCCGAAAAAAAUUUCGAUUCAAAGUUGCGUUUUUAACUUAUCGUUAGCAGUUCAUCUCAUUAUGAAUAUCCUAAAAAAAUUUUUUAUUAAUCGUUUUUUUCCGAACAGGACGACAACAAAAAAAUUCUUGCUUCUAUUUUUCGAUUCCUUAUAAAAAAGCCUUUUUUUCAGUCCUCAGAUCAUGAAGAAGUCAAAGAAUGGGUUCUGGCAGCUUCAGUCGACGACGGCAGUACAAAGAAACUCAUUUUCGACAAAAGAGGCAUGUUCGAAGGCUCUCUAGCGAAUGAACAAGGGCAAUUUUUUGAUCCUUGUAUAAUAACAGGUACAUGCCUGAUAUCUCGAUUUUUUUGAAAACUUUCUUUCUCAGGUUACCCAGUUAUCGAGACUCGAAUAGACAUCGGUGAUAUGUGCGCAGAAAAAGAAGAUUUGAACAGGUUUUCAUUUUUUUUUUUGGAAUAGCAGGUAUUGAUUGAACUAGAAAAAAUCUUCUUUUUCUUCCUUCUCGAAAUUAUUCUGAAGCUAUGAAACCGAAAAAAAAAUCUUUAAAACUAGACACAAAAAAUUGGCUUCUUUCAGUAGUCAACCUUUUCCAGAUUCCUGAUAAUAAUCAAGGCGAAUCCGACCGACUGUUUGAUGGACACACAGAGCUUCGCAUCAAACUGGGCUGGAAGUCCCUUAUCUAUUGCUUUGUGA